ACUUACAAUUAGUAGUCACAAUUGUUUUGUAAAAUGAAUGUGUAAAUAGAGUAUCCUAAUUUAGUUCGAGGUAUUUUCAUAUCUAAAGUCACAGUUUAAGUGUAUGUUUCCAAGCUGAAUGCCACAAGACAUGUUAUUCCGCCACGCCAGCAGAGGGAGCACUCCUAUAGGAAAGGAGGAAAAUGGGAGGUGCUUGUUAGUACUUCCGUGUCUCAGUCAGGUCACACCCUGAGAUGACAACGCAAUCAAGCACUUUGUGUCUCGUUUUUAUUCCUAUAAAACAGGUCGGUAAAGUGUGAUAAUAUUAACACAUUUGUCUCCAAGCAAUUAUAAGCGUUUCUGAAAAUAGAAAUAUCGAAGUAUGUUGUUAAAAGUGUGUAUUUGUGAUGAAAUUUGUUAUGUUCAAUAAGCGAUGUCUCCCUUUGUGUGCGAGCGCGUGGUUGGGCGGGAAUGGCGGCGGCAGUGGAGACUUGUUAAAGAUAAACUGUGAUUGUUAAGAAGUAUUAUAGGUAUAGUCAGGUCACACCCUGAGAUGACAACGCAAUCAAGCACUUUGUGUCUCGUUUUUAUUCCUAUAAAACAGGACACACCACAUCGAACACUGGGACCAGGCUACUCAGUGCGAGGCCUGUAACAGAAUUCUGGAGGCACCGCUGGGAUCGGCAUCCGACAAAAGAAGAUGCUGAUCUCCUAAUCUACGAAUCCAAGGCAGACGUGACGGCAGAAGCAAGUUGAAGCAGUGUGCGACUGAGGCAGCAACAGGACCAACGCGUGUGAGAGGGACCUUCGCUGGAGGAGUGCAGCACCGCUUGCCCGAGACAACAAAGCUACAGUCUGUCGUUGAGUAACACAAUCAACAUGGGAGAACGUGUACGUAAAGAGCUGACGUGGGAGGUAAAGAAAAUACUCCACGAGUUGACAGCACAAGAACUUUUUGAAAUUAUUGAGGACAUCACACCGGUAUCAGAUGUUGAUUCUUCUGGGGUAAUUAAGGGUGAUGAAGAGAGUUGUUUUGACUAUAUAUGUACUUACUUAAAUUGUAGGACACUACUAGAGUCAGAAGACCAAGGUAUUUCAUGCUUGCUAUCUCUAAGAGAUACGAUUAAUGACAUCAGAGCCAGUCGUUUCGCCGAAGUCCGUCACGCUAAGCAAACAGAAAGUGUUAUCAUUAACCCACCACCCUUACAACUGACAACUAUGCAACAGGGACAGAGGGACAACAGUGAUGACACAUUGCCACAUGUUUCCGCUGAUUCACAAGCACUCGAGUACCAAAUAUUAAUGGCCAAUUAUGAGUCUUUGGGGAGAAAGAUAUCUGAAUAUGAAACACAGAAGACACGCACGUAUAACGCAACACAUAUGUACGACUCCACAAACAUGCCUACUUUAACUGAUACACGGCAAGCUCAUACCGCCAUGCACACACCCACCUCAGCUGGUACCCAAACACUACAUCAAGCCGCUUCUCACGCUCGCCCUAGUAGUAUGGUUCCUUUACGAGAAAUACCCCUACUUCAGCGUAGAGAAUUUAAAGUUCACGGGGGUCAGGUGGGGGACAGUGUGUCAGAUAUUAGCUACCAUGGACUUUGUAAACAGAUAGAUGAGGGGCUCAAAGCAAGUUACUCUGAAGGUGAAAUCAUCCAGGGCAUCUUCCGUAUUGUCAGACCCGGACAGUUCAAAGAUAUGCUAGUUAACAAGGAUGAUUUAACACUCUGUGAACUCAGAAGCUUUUUGCGCUCCCACUUAAGUGGAAAAAGUGGAAGUGAGUUGUUCCAGGAGUUAAUGAGCACCCGGCAGCUUGAGAGUGAAAGUCCCCAACAGUUCCUGUACAGGAUGAUUGGACUAAAACAAAAAGUGCUGUUUGCAUCUAGACAAGGUAAUAUGGACAUUGAGUAUGAACCUCGUACAGUGCAGAAUGUGUUUUUGCGCACUAUUCUCCAGGGUCUCCUACCCAAAUUUAGUGACAUUCGCACCGAACUUAAACCAAUGUUGUCCGACUAUGCUGUGUCAGAUGAAGCACUAAUUCGGCAUGUGAGCCAGGUGUGCAGUGAAGAGAGUGAGAGGCAGCGAAGACUUGCUCACGGAUCUCGUCAAAAGGUAACACAUGCUCACAGUGCCCAACUUGAGACUGAUAAGGACAUGGAAAAAAUAUUACAGCAUAAGACAAAGAAUAAAAGCAAUGUGAUAGAGGAACUUAGUUCCAAAGUUGAUGCCCUGACAAAACUGGUUGAGUCUCUCACAGCUAACCAAAUGUUAGAACAACCCUGUAGAUGCACAAAUGCCAGACCAAGGCCAAGGCAAACAGCAAGACAAUAUAGCUGCCCCAAGUGUGCUGAAGAAGGCACAAGCCCAUGUCACCAUUGUUUUCUAUGUGGGGAGGUCGGGCACAGAGCUGUUGGCUGUCUCAAGAGGCCUCGUGUCCAGAGUGCUAACCAACCCCCUGCUGAUGUCCACACCAUAAUGAACAGCAGCCCCUGGAGCCCUACAGAGGUGAAGCCACCAGGGGAGAGACCGGCACAUGUAAGAAACAUUGGAAUGUCCUCUCUUCAGUCCAAAGAUACUGAGGUGCGUGAACAAGUAGCCCAGUUAGUAGGGAAGAAAUGCAGGGUCAAGUGCAACAUUAACAAUUUUACAGUUGAAUGUUUGCUUGACACAGGUGCUCAAGUGAGUCUUCUUGAUCGUAAGUGGGUAAAAACUUACCUUCCCGACCAUAAGCCACGCCCAUUAGCAGAUCUCAUAGGGCGUAAACCUCUAAGUGUGCUCGCAGUGAAUGGUGAGCCCUUGCCGUAUGACGGUUGGGUGGGAGUGAAUGUGAGUCUCCCUGAUAAUAGCGACCCAAACCUAUCAAUACAGGUACCCUUCUUAGUAAGUAGUGUGCCCAUGGACCGCCCCCUUAUUGGUUUUAACGUAAUUGAAUGCUUGAUAAUGGGACCGAAGGGUGAGUCUGACUUCAUAUCAGCCCUUGUGACCCUCCUACGUGGAGCCUUAAGCAUUGAGAAUGACAAAGCAAUAGCACUUGUCAGUCUGAUUCAGACACAUGCCUCUCAUGAUAGUGAUGUCAGACAUGGUAUGCUUAAAGUGGGAUUUCAUGAUGUUGUUAUUCCAGCCGGUGCGGUUAGACAAGUAAAGUGCAGGAUUCCACCUAUGUUUGACACAUCAAACCCCCUGGUGCUCUUUGAACCCAAUGAAAAUAACCCACAGUUACAGCAGCUUGAUGUCGGUGACAGUCUCUUGGAGAUCAACCACGCAAAAGUACCCUGCUUGAGAAUCCCCAUAGGCAACCACAACAAGCAUGAGGUCACAUUAUCCUGUAAAACAAUAUUAGGCAGCAUUGAGCCUGUUGUCAAGAUAGUAUCAACUGACGAACCACAGCUGACUGAAACAAAAGUUCCUUUUGAGUCCCCAAAUGCUGUGUCUCAAAACACCAAACAGGAUACAAGAUCUUGUGUGGUGGAGCCAUGGGACCCACCUGUAAACAUUGACCACCUGACAGAGGAACAACAGGAAAUAGCCAAACAACUCUUGCGAGAGGAGGCAGGAGCAUUUGCUCGAGAUGAUAAUGACAUGGGGUGUAUCAGAAGUUUAGAAAUGUCGAUUGCACUUAAAGACAAUACCCCUGUUCAAAAAUCUUAUGCAUCCAUUCCGAAACCCUUGUACAAGGAGGUCAAGGAGUAUAUUGAGGAUCUCCUUGCUAAAGGAUGGAUUGUUAAGUCUAAAUCCCCCUACUCCGCACCAGUCAUUUGCGUGCGUAAAAAGGAUGGGACACUUAGACUAUGUAUUGACUAUCGCCUUCUGAACCAUCGCACAGUCCCUGACCGCCAUCCCCUUCCCAGGAUCCAAGAUCUCACAGACACCCUGGGGGGGUAUACUUGGUUCUCCAUCUUAGAUCAGGGAAAGGCAUACCAUCAAGGGUUUAUUGCAGAAGGUUCACGUCAUCUGACCGCCUUUAUCACCCCAUGGGGUCUAUUUGAGUGGGUACGCAUACCAUUCGGCCUGACAAAUGCGCCAGCCGCAUUUCAGCGCAGUAUGGAGGAAAUGCUUGCACCCCUGAGGGAUGAGUGUUGCAUCCCGUACCUGGAUGACAUAUUGUGUUUUGCAAAGACCUUUGAAGAUCACAUUGAAGUGCUCAGGAAAGUUUUGAGAGCCCUGCAGACGCAUGGAGUGAAACUCAGGCCCACAAAAUGUGACCUUUUUAAAAAUGAAGUGCGGUACGUCGGCCGCUUGGUGUCAGCCGAAGGCGUGCGCAUUGACCCCAAAGACUUGGAAGCUGUGUAUGCCUUGAAGAAUGACCCUCCGACUACAAUCGGAGAUCAACUGAGCGGAGUGGGACAUUCCCGGACGACCCCAUACCACCCUCAGGGUAAUCCGGCCGAGCGCUUUAACCGCACAGUGCUGCAAAUGUUGCGAACCCUGAGUGAGGAGAAGAAGGAAAAGUGGAAAGAUUACAUACCCCAGAUUGUCAGUGCAUACAACAGCACACGUCAUGAAGCAACUGGUUACUCACCUUUCUUCUUGCUUUUUGGGCGUCAUCCACGAUUGCCGAUAGACCUGCUCCUCAGGAUGACUCACCAGGAGGAACCGCAGACAACCAAAAGGUAUGCCGAGAAAUGGGCAAAACGCAUGACAGAAGCUUACAGGAUAGCUUCAGAAAACAGCAAAAAGUCAAGUGCCCGCGGUAAGAAGUACUACGACAAGCAUGCGAAAGGAGUAGUGUUGCAACCGGGAGAUCGAGUGCUGGUACGCAACCUAAGUGAAAGAGGUGGCCCUGGAAAGUUAAGGUCCUAUUGGGAAAACAGCACUUAUGUUGUGAAAGACCAGGUUGGUGACAAUCCCGUGUACAGGGUAGUUUCGGAAAAAGAUGGCAGCAAGUCACGCGUUUUGCAUCGUAAUUUAUUGCAUCUUAUUAAUGACCUACCUGUCAACCUACCAGUAGAGGAAGAGAGAGGAAAGAAGGUACCAGAAAGGAGACCAAGAACAACUCACAUAAAUAUUCCACCUGAUUCAAACAGUGACACAGGCUCUGAUGAUGAUGGCAGUUCUAGCUAUUAUGAGCUAAGAUAUAACUUUUGUACAAAAGACAGACCAGAGGUGGAACCCUCCUUAGUCCCCAAAAUUCAAUCAGGCCCGCUGGAGCUCAGCCAAAUCGCCAACCAAGGACCAACUUUGAGGAAAAGGGACUCAGGAAAUAGGAGACAUGCACCCAUGAAUGGGACAGAAGGACCAGGAAAGAGGGAUCAUUUACGGGACAAUGAUGAACAUAUUUUGGAGGACAUCAGUGAUGGGGAUAUAGAGGGAUAUGAGGGAACUAAAGGAUAUGAACCCAGAAAUCUACCUGUCAUGGAAGAGGGAUGUGAACGAGAGCAGUCUUUUUUGCAAGACGAACAAGCGCAACUGAGCCCCACCCCUGAUGCUGAGAGUGUCAACAUCUGGCAAAGGCAUGAGAAGCACGAUGUAAGUCAUGGAGGACACAGCUUGUUGGACAGCUUUGGCACAGACUCCAUCGUUUCGCACUGUGUUUGCUUUGGUAUCCAUGGCAACCAGAAAAACGAGUGCUCUUGGAACGGCACAUCCUUGGCCGACGAGGAGGCAGUGAGACGAGGACGCCGCGGGCGGGCGCCUGAUAGCCGCUUGUGUGGCAGGCAAGCUGGAGUUCGCAGAAGUGACUGCAGGACAGGAGGUUGCGAGUGGACUGCAGGACAGGAGAUUGCGGAGGCGACUCCAGAACAGGAGGCGACGACGACGCUGGAGCUGACGAUGGUGGCGUCGUGGGAAGGCCCGCUGGAGAUAAGGAUGGUGGAGUUUGAAGAGCGACAGCAGCAGGUGGCUAUGCUGGAGAUGGAGCUGGAUGCAAGACUGGCGGUGGUGGUCGUGCAGGAGGUGGCGGCGUCGCUGGACAUAAGACAGGCAGCGGAGGCCAUGCAGGAGGUAGCGGCCUGGCUGGACACGGGACAAGCGGCAGAGGCCGCUCAGGAAUUCCUCAAGCACUUUUCUCUCAAAUUCUUCACCUGUGUAUUCCAUUGCGAAAUCACUUGUUGGCUCGAGAAUUCUGUCUGCGCUUGCGGGGCCGCAUGUUAG